AUGACCGAACGUUUCACAGAGACCGGUGGCUUCAUCUACUGGCGGCUGCUGUCCACGGACCCUGCCGCCGCCAAGGAGGUGGUACUGGCCGACAAGCCGCUCAUCUCCGAAGAGACCGACCUCCUGGAGCCCACGCUGCUCGACGAGCUCAUCUGCCACAUCGCCUCACUGGCCUCCGUCUACCACAAGCCGCCCACUGCCUUCGUAGAAGGCCGCGGAGCGGGUGUACGCAAGUCUCUGCCGUCGCGCGGCGUUGUUGCGGAUGAAGCUAUGCCCCAGCAACCGACCGUCAUACCCAACCAGGAGUCGCUCAUCGGUGAUUUACUGUCCAUGGACAUCUCGGGCCCGCCGCCAGCCGCCGCGCCAGCUUCGAACCUGGACCUCCUCGCCGGUGGUCUCGACGUGCUUCUGGGCGGCGGGGCGGAGAGCAGCGCGGCGGCGAGCACUACGGGGCUGCUGGGCGACAUCUUCGGCGUGGCGGCGACGCCCGCCUCCUUCGUGCCGCCCAAGCAGUGCUGGCUGCCGGCCGACAAGGGCAAAGGCCUGGAGAUCUGGGGCACAUUCAGUCGCCAAAACGGACAACCACGCAUGGAAAUGACCUUCACGAACAAAGCAAUGCAAGCUAUGAGCGGAUUCGCCAUUCAACUGAACAAAAACAGCUUCGGCGUGUACCCGGGCGGGGCGCUGUCGGUGGGCGUGUUGGCGGCGGGGGGCCGCGCCGAGGCCGCGCUGCCGCUCGCCGCCGCGGGGCCCGUGCAGCGCAUGGAGCCCCUCAACAACCUGCAGGUGGCGAUCAAGAACAACGUGGACGUGUUCUACUUCGCGUGCCUCAUCCCGGCGCACGUGCUGUUCGCCGAGGAUGGCCAGCUCGACAAGCGCGUGUUCCUCACCACGUGGAAGGAGAUCCCCGCCGCGAACGAGGUGCAGCACACGCUGUCCAACGUGGCGGGCACCGCGGACUCGGUCGCGCAGAAGAUGACCCUGAACAACGUGUUCACGAUAGCCAAGAGGAACGUCGAGGGCCAGGACAUGCUGUACCAGUCGCUCAAGCUGAUCAACAACAUCUGGGUACUCUUGGAGCUGAAGCUGCAACCCGGGAAUCCGGAGGCGACGCUCAGCCUCAAGUCGCGCACCGUGGAGGUCGCCACGUGCAUAUUCCAGGCGUACGAAGCAAUAAUCAAGUCG